CACGCAAAGAUGGCGACUGACUAGUCUGAGACGCUGAGAGUUUAGCAAAUAAUAGAGUUCGUUGCGGCUUCAGCCCUUGGAAAGGAUACCUUGAAGAUGCAAAAGGUCCCUUAGAUACUACCCAGGGAGGUCUUACCCUGGAGAAUGUAAUAUUCUUUGAGAUUACUUUGAAUAUUUCCACGAGCGUACACAUUUUGGUUGGAAGUUUUCAAGCGGUCGGGUUUGAUCGAAGAGGUUCAUCAACAACGGAAUAAAAGCGACGGUAUGGUUCGUUUUCAUCGGUAAGGGAACGUCUUUUAUCGAAGGAAACUGUGGCAUUUACAACUGCAAGGACUGGAAAAUGGAUAAAAUGGACAAGCAAGAGCGACUUGAGAGAACAGCAUCCAUGGCUUAUAACAAGGGUUUAAUUAAUAACCCAGGUGAAAAUAAUUGUUUUCUCAACUCAGCAGUACAGGUACUGUGGCAUCUUGAUGUGUUUAGAAGAAGCUUCAGGGAGAUCAAGGGUCAUUACUGCAUGGGACAGUCAUGUAUAUUCUGUGCACUGGAUUUCAUUUUCAAGCAGUUUCAGUACAGUAGUAAUGAUGCUUUACCUCCAGAUGGACUGAGAGUUGCCCUGGCUGUCGCGUUUAAGAACCAGCACAGAUUUCAACUGGGAGACAUGGAUGAUGCUGCAGAGUGCUUUGAGAAUAUCCUGAGUCAUAUGCAUACCCUUGUUGCCAAGAAUGAACAUGACGAUGCCUGCACUGCCAAGCACUGUAUAUCACACCAGAAGUUUGCUAUGCAAAUUAUAGAGCAGACAAUAUGUCAGUGCGGUGAACAGUCAGAGCCUCUUCCAUUCUUCCAGCUUGUGCAUUAUGUUUCUGCCUCUGCACUGUGUGCUAAGGCAAGGAGUCUGAAGGGAUGGGAUAACACUCGCCCAAUUGAAAAUCAGUUUGGAGUACUGUUGCGCAGAGCAGGACAGGACACGAGGGAAUGUCAAAGUCCAGACUGUAAUGAUAGAGUUCAAGUGCAACGUUUGCUACUGAACUGUCCUGAUAUUGUAAGUGUUGGCCUAAUCUGGGAUUCAGAGUCUCCAGAUGCAGAACAUAUAGCAGAUGUGUUACAGUGCAUUGGAACAACUCUCAAGCUUUCUGAUUUGUAUCAUCAAGUUUAUGACGAGAGGGCCAAGGAUGCUUGUUUACAGCUGGUUGGCAUAGUAACAUAUUACGGCAAGCACUACUCAACAUUCUUUUUUCAUAGCAAACUACGGACAUGGAUUUAUUUUGAUGAUGCCCGUGUCAAAGAGAUUGGAUCUGAUUGGAUGUUAAUGAUGGAGAAGUGUCGUCGCUGUCACUAUCAGCCUCUGCUGCUGCUCUAUGCAAACCCUCAAGGCACCCCCGUAAAUGCUGACUCUGGGCCUAAAAAGAGAAUUUGCGUCAAUGGCACUGCUCAUGAAGAAUCCACUGAAGGAAACCAAUCGAGUAAACGACUUGGUACCGAAAGAGGUGUAGGUGAUGGUGUCAGUGAUAAUGAAAAGAGCCCUGUGACAUCCAAAAAAUCCAAAUCUCGGUAUAAACUGAAAAAAGAGGAGAAGAGAUCACCUUUGAACUCCAAGAAAAGCCUCUCCUCUGGAGAUUUGACCGCUCCCAACAAGCAGCUGUCACGCUCACCAAGUAAUGCUUCAGACUCUGCUGCUAGCAGCCCCAGCAAGGAGAAGCAUCGGCCGAGCUUCAGGCGGAUAGGAAAUGCUAUUAUGAAUGCCGUAAACCCUGCCCUGGCUGUAUCCCACUUGAAGCAAAAUAAGAAGAAGAGAUCUGAGAAAUCCAGGCGCUCGUCAACAGGAUCCAGUGAGUCCAGUGGCGACCACGAUCUUAUAGAUUUUAGUUCCAAGAAUGAAGAUGCCAAAAUGGAGAUCAUGAGACUGUAUGAACAAUCUAAAGCCAUGAAUGCUGCUCAGGUCAAAGCAGCAAAUAACGACAGUGGGAUAAGCUCUACACCAUCAUCUGCUGGUGGUUCCGUCAGCUCAACAGACACUAACCAUGGAGGAAGUGAAGAGGACCUAAUUAAUUUCAAUCAGUCAUGGCGACAUUCUAAAUACGACAACUGGCCUCCAGGUGAGUAUUCAAAAGUUUCACAAUUUCAAGCAGCAGCAGCAGGUAGUUCAAUUGUGAUACUUGUUUACCAAUAUAAUGCAUUGACUCCUACGAGGGCAGACUGUUGAAGUUUCAAGCUGAAAAAGGUAUUCAUAUUUCACGUUGAGAAAUAUUGCUAAGCAAAUUGCGUUGGGUGUCCGGAAAACCCGAAUAGCGAAUAGC